AUGUUACUACAACUAUAUUUAGGAGUCUGGAAAAUCGGCAUAUUGUAUGAAGGCGAACAUAUCCGUGGAAGCCCGUUCUCAUGCCAGGUAUUCGAUGCCGGGCUGGUGCAAGUCUAUGGACUAGAUGUCGGACUUGUUGGGCAAGAGUUGAAAUUCAAUGUCAAUGCCUCGGAGGCUGGUACCGGCAACUUGGAGGUAAGGGAAUUUGUUUGCGACAAAUCGAAGAUGUUUCAUUAA